GGAUCCGGGUGUCCGAACAGUGGUGACUGAGGGAAUCUAGGGUCGCGCCAUGCCCGAAGGCGAAGAGACGCUGGACCUGCCAGCGUGGAACCGCGCCCCGGACCCAGCUUGGGGUCCCCAGCACAGAGCUGCAGUGGCGUCUCUUGAUUCUGAGGUGAAGGAAGAGUGUCUGAGGGAAGACCUGAAGUUCUACUUCAUGAGUCCCUGUGAGAAAUACCGAGCCAGACGCCAGAUCCCAUGGAAACUGGCCUUGCAGAUUUUGAAGAUAGUCAUGGUAACCACACAGCUUGUUCGGUUUGGCUUAGGUAACCAGUUGGUGGUGGCUUUCAAAGAAGAUAACACUGUUGCUUUUAAGCACUUGUUUUUGAAAGGAUUUUCUGGAGUUGAUGAAGAUGACUACAGCUGCAGCAUAUACACUCAGGAGGACGCCUACGAGAGCAUCUUUUUUGCUAUAAAGCAGUAUCGCCAUCUAAAGAACAUUUCCCUGGCCACCCUUGGUUAUGGAAAAAGUGAAGACAAUAGAACUGGCUUGAGAUUCUGUAAGCAGCACUACAAGAGCGGGGCCAUGUUUUCUUCUAACGAGACCCUGAACAUUGACAGUGACAUUGAGACAGACUGCACUCACCUGGACCUCCAGGUGCUCACCAAGGACCCCGAGGACUGGGCACAGGCAUCGUUCUUCAGGCUGGAUUUUCAUCGGCUCGUACAAGUGGAUAUCUCUUUUGCCCUCAAAGGAAUUGACCUACAGGCAGUUCACUCCCGAGAGGUACCAGACUGUUACCUCUUUCAGAAUACGAUUACCUUCGACAACACGGCCCACAGUGGAAAAAUCAAAAUCUACUUUAACAGCGAGGCCAACAUAGAAGAAUGUAAACACAUGAACUUAUCUGGGUCUCUUCAGAGAAGCACCCGCUACGUCCUGGUGUUUGAUGUGUUUGUCAUUGCGAUCUGCCUGGCAUCCCUUAUCCUGUGCACAAGAUCCAUUGUUCUUGCUCUGAGGCUGAGGAAGAGAUUUCUAAACUUCUUCCUGGAGAAGUACAAACAACACGUGUGUGAUGCUGACCGGUGGGAGUUCAUCAAUGGAUGGUACGUCCUGGUCACUAUCAGCGACCUCAUGACAAUAAUUGGAUCCAUAUUGAAGAUGGAAAUCAAAGCCAAGAACCUCACAAACUAUGACCUGUGCAGCAUCCUGCUCGGGACGUCGACGCUCCUUGUCUGGGUUGGAGUCAUCCGAUAUCUGGGUUACUUUCAGACGUACAAUGCGCUCAUUUUAACCAUGCAGGCCUCCCUGCCCAAAGUGCUCCGGUUCAGCGCUUGCGCCGGUUUGAUCUACCUGGGCUACACGUUCUGCGGUUGGAUUGUCUUAGGGCCGUACCACGAGAAGUUUGAAAACCUGAACAUCGUUGCCGAAUGCCUGUUUUCUCUGGUCAACGGUGAUGACAUGUUUGCCACAUUUGCUCAGAUCCAGCAGAAGAGCCUCCUGGUGUGGCUGUUCAGCCGUCUCUACUUGUACUCCUUCAUCAGCCUCUUCAUCUACAUGGUCCUCAGUCUUUUCAUCGCGCUCAUCACCGAUUCGUACCACACCAUUAAGAAAUACCAGCAGAAUGGGUUUCCUGAAACGGAUCUGCAGAAAUUCCUGAAGGAGAGCGGUAGCAAAGAAGGGUACCAGAAGGAGCCAUCAGCCUUGCUACCCUGUUUCUGCUGUCUGAGGAGGAGAGGAAGUGAUGACCACUUGGUUCUCGUUGAUUAAAACCCUUGGCUAAUGCCCAUCAAGUCCACACCUCUUCAUGCUGUGGUUGUACGGAGAGGCCCAGAGGCAGCAGCAGUUCAUUCAAAGAUUGUCCUACUAAGUUGUGGAUCCAGAAGGAGGGGUGUCCGUGAGCUGUUGACGGGAACUGACAUACCAAAGUUACUUUUGAUAAACACAGAGUGUGAAGAGUAGGCCUCUCCUGGGAGUUAAUGUGAGGGCAAUGUGACAAUGAAAUUCAGCAGGAGUCUGGUCAUUUGUGCCAUCAUAAUGUUGAGAGGUUAAAAAAAAGUAUUCCCUUUUCCAAGUUGUGUAAGCAAUAUUUAAACCCUGGUCAAGGUGUAUGUUUAUUUCCAGGAAAAGAUUCAUUUCAAAAUGUGAUCCUUGGAUUUAAAGACAUUCAUUAAUUCAUGGUCCACAUAGAAAUAAAUUUGGCUUCAAUACCAAAUUAAGACUUGAAACUGGAGAACUGAUAAACCAUGUAAGGCUCACACUCAAAACACUAGCAGGCAGAUAUCUAGAACUCAGAUCAUGGCUGGUUGUACUGUGAGCUUGCUUCUUUAGCAGGCAUGACAUGCAGUGUCCGUUAGCACAGAGAGAGCGCCUGGCUGCCCCCUCAGGCAAGCUUCCCCGCCCUGUGCACGUGAUGAGUGAGUGGCCCUAAACUUGGCGUGGCCACCUAUUUCAUGAGUCAGCUCCACUGUGGUGGGGCUUUGCCCUUGUCAUGGAAGGAAAUGUGGAUUUUUCCUUAAAUAAAUUUAUUUUCGUGA